UCUUACGUGUUUUUGCAAAUGCUCUUUUACUUAUUUCGUAGUGUAUAGAAAACGGUCAUAAAGGAAUGUCAAAAUGUUUGCCCUUUAUUAAAAGAGUUCUGAGGAAAUAGAUAAAAGUAUAACAGAAUCGUUUAUUUGUAAUGUUUUUAGCACGUUGAAUGUUUGGAGACGUAAUUAACAUAAAUACCUAAAGAAAAGCGUUUAUUUUAAAUAUGGGACAAACAGAAAGUAUACCUGAAACACUGCAUAUGCAAUUGGUACGCCAUGCCAAGGUUCUUGCAGAAAUCAAUUCAUUGACAUAUGAAGACUUUAAAGCUUGUUUGGAUAAUUUAAAUGCACUGUCACGCAAGUGCAUUGAUCAAAGUGGCAAACAGUUGGUUUUUCUGGUAAAGAAUGGCACAGACACUUCAAUGAUUUGGAAAGCAACUGUGAAAAUUGCUUGCAUAAAAGUGGAUCCAAAUACUCGUCAAAUUGAAUGCUAUAAAUUUCUCAAUUUGAAGCAAUUCUUGUGUGUAUUUAAAACAUUUCAAAGCCAUCUAGAGAGUUUAGUUUCUAGUGAAAAUCAUAGAAGCUCACGACGGGGUUCACAGUCCCCUUUAAAUGAAUCACCCACAAUUGCAACAAGUUUUAACCUUUCUGCAUCUGUUUUUAUGGAUUUAGUAGACAAAAAUAUUGAUGGAAGUACAAAUUCUUUAAAUAGCCCCACCUCUUCUAGUACUCAUGAAAAUAUUGACGAAUGCUCAAUAUGUUUGGACAGGCAAACUGAAGUGCUACUGCCAUGUACGCAUACGUUUUGCACACCAUGCAUAGAACAAUGGAAUGUUAAGAAUAAAACUUGCCCUAUAUGCUUAGAAGCUCUCGAUAGCACAGAUGACACAUGGGUUAUAUCUGAUAUACCUGGAGUAGAAGAAAUAAAUGAAGAAAUUUGUGCGGAAUUUAUGAAUCUUGCCAAAAAUAACUAAGAUAAAACAAUUUUCCUUAAUUUAUGACCAUAUGCAACAUUCGAAUACAAAUUCAUUUUAUAAUAUUUAUAUAUUGUGUGUAUUU